CGAGGAGCCUACGUUCCCGGUUCACCUUGUGCCUCUCGAUUCUCAGGGUUUCGACUGGGCCGCACGCGGAACCCUCCGUGAGUGGAGGGACUGUCACGAUGCCCAGUGAAACGCUCUGGGAAAUUGCAAAAGCUGAAGUGGAAAAAAAAGGAAGGAAUGGAAGUGAAGGCGAAGGAGCCGAAACUGGAGAAAAGUCUGUUUUCUUCAUUGGCAGUAAAAAUGGGAUUCAGAUAUUUCAUGUUUAGGAAUCUCUCUAGUGGAAUAAUUGAUGUUUACAAAGGGUUUGAAAAAUGUGGGGACCAGAAGGCAGCAGUUCUGCUGGACUGUGGUUUGGGAAAGACUACUAUUAUCCUACGGUGUCUUGACAGGGACGAGCCAGCAAAGCCAACCUUAGCUUUGGAAUAUACGUAUGGAAGAAGAGCAAAAGGUCAUAACACACCAAAAGAUAUUGCUCACUUUUGGGAACUGGGUGGAGGAACCUCUUUACUGGACUUAAUCAGCAUACCAAUCACAAGUGACACUUUGCGGACAUUUUCUAUUGUUCUUGUUCUGGAUCUUUCAAAACCUAAUGACCUUUGGCCAACUAUGGAAAAUCUGUUGCAAGCCACAAGAAGCCAUGUAGAUAAAGUGCUAAUGAAACUGGGAAGGACAAAUUCUAAAGCAGCUUCUGAAAUGAGACAGAAGAGAUGGAGUAACCUGCAGAAGGAACACCCAGAUCGUGAAUUAAUUGACCCAUUUCCAGUACCUCUGGUCAUAAUUGGAAGUAAAUAUGAUAUUUUUCAGGAUUUUGACUCUGAGAAGAGAAAAGUGAUAUGCAAGACACUCCGAUUUGUUGCACAUUAUUAUGGAGCAUCAUUGAUGUUUACCAGUAAAUCAGAAGCUCUAUUACUAAAAAUGCGUGGAGUUGUCAACCAGUUGGCAUUUGGCAUUGAUAAAAGCAAAUCGAUAUGUGUGGAUCAGAAUAAACCACUGUUUAUCACAGCGGGAUUGGAUUCCUUAUGUCAGAUAGGACGUCCUCCUGUUCCUGACAAUGACAUUGGAAAGUUUCAUGCCCACACACCAAUGGAGCUGUGGAAAAAAGUCUAUGAAAAGCUGUUUCCACCAAAGAGAAUCAGCACACUGAAAGACAUCCAGGACCCCGCGCGAGACCCUCAGUAUGUGGAAAGUGACGUUGACGAGAUGAGAAUUCAGAAGGAUCAGGAACUGGAGCAGUACAAGAAAAAUGCUUCUAAGUCUUGGAAACAAAUUGAUCUUGACUCUUGAACCUUACUCAGCUAUUAUGUUGAUUUUUUUCUUUCUCAAAUUCAAGUAAGAUUAUUUUAUUAAUUAACUAUUGUGGCAAUCUGUGAAGAAAGUUAAGAGAUGUGUUUUGUUACAGGAAAAGCUCAGUUUUCUUGAAUGAGACUCUUUUCUGGAUACUUUAAACUCUUUUAAAUGGGAAAAACAUUUUGUAACUACAUGUCAUAUUUUUUAAAAAUAAAGGAACCUUCUGUUACCCGUGUUUAACGUGUCAGUAGAACAGAUUCAGCCCAGCAGGCACUAUGUUUUGCUUCUAUGUUCUUGGGGCUGUGAAAGCGAGAUAUUUGCUCACAGUUUUAAAUACAGUGUUGUGUCCGUAUUAGUCACAUUGCUUCCAGAAGUUGAACUCAACCGAAGUUGGUGAGAAACCCGAUUUUGCCUUCUGGGUAUCAUGCUUUUAUUCUCAGCAGUGAGGCACAGGGAGCACCUACAGGUAUUUAAAACACACGUUCCUGCCGGGCACGGUUGU